ACAGCCCUGAGGAUCUAGUGUAAUUGGGGUGCUCUCCACUUUUUUCAUUUUUUUUUAGCCUGUCAGCACAUGCCUUGCCUAUAAAAAUAGUAUUUUACCCCAGACUGACGGAUAUCCGCAGUAAAACCGUGUAGGUUUUCUAGUUUCCGAUGGUCCUUGAAAGCAGCAGCACUGUAGGCUAGGCCAUAUCAGCGGCCACUCCACCAGCUACAAACCCAGCCACCACCAGCUGCGACUUCACUUUCUGCUUCCGUACUCAGGCGAAGAUAAUAAGGAGGAACGGCUACAACCGCGAGGCUGCCAAAGUGGACGUUUCCUUCCUUCAGAGGCCACACGCACAAGACCCUCAAGUAGAACAGCACCUACAGACACAGACAGAGCCAUGGUGGAAUACUACCAGAUACUAGGAGUCCAGAGAAAUGCAUCGCAAGAGGACAUCAAAAAAGCUUACAGAAAAUUGGCACUGAAAUGGCAUCCAGACAAGAACCCUGACAACAAGGAGGAGGCAGAGAAAAGAUUCAAAGAGCUGUCAGAGGCGUAUGAAGUUCUCUCAGACGAAAGCAAGAGGAAUGUUUAUGACCGAUAUGGUAAAGAAGGCCUCUCAGGUGGUGGUGGAGGAGGAGGAGGAGGCCAUUAUGACCACUUCGGCGGUGGCUUCACAUUCCGCAAUCCCGAGGACGUUUUCAGGGAAUUCUUCGGCAGCAGAGAUCCAUUUGCAGAUUUUUUUACAGAUGAUCCCUUUGAUGAUUUCUUUGGAGGCGGUCGCAGUCGCCAGAGGGGGGCAAACCGGAGCAGGAUGGGCGGACCGGUCUUUGGUUUUGGGGGCUUUCCAGCGUCGUUUGGGGGUGGCUUCUCAGGGUUUGAAUCAGGUUUUAGCUCAUUUGGAGACAUGGGUGGGGGAGCAUUCACCACCUUCUCUUCAUCAUCAUUUGGCAGCGGGGGAGGAGGAGGAGGAGGAAUGGGUAACUUUAAAUCUGUAUCAACCUCCACCAAAAUCGUCAACGGCAGAAAAAUUACCACAAAACGGAUCGUGGAGAAUGGCCAGGAGCGGGUUGAAGUGGUGGAGGACGGUCAGUUAAAAUCUCUAACUGUUAAUGACGUCUCAGCUGAAGACCCCUUGGAGGAGGAGUUUCGUCGCCGCAGACAGAACACGCUUCCUGGCCUGGGUGUGCACCAGCGUUACCUGAGGAACACUGCCCAAAACCCACCAGAGGAAGAGGGGGAACACGGUCUACAGAGCCUGGGACUAACAAGAGGACACACAGACAACAAAAGGAAGAAACUGUGGCUAAAGGAGGCAGACUCCAAAAAGAAAAGAGCUCCUCGACACUUCCCUUGGUUUAGUGGAUUUGGUGCCUUCUUUUAAAUGCUUACACACUUACAUAUUGGUCUGCAGAUGUGCCAUCAAUCAAUCAUAUGUGGCAUUAGCUCAUCUUUGCUUUGUAUCUGAGGCCCAGCAGCCCCACUAUUGCACCACACCUCUCUCUGUUUAUCGGCUGCAUAACUCCUGCCUGGUUUCAUCGGCCUGACGAUAGAGACCUCACAUCAAUGUAUUUUUUUUUUCCUGUUCAAGAUACAUUUUAGUAGCUAUUGCUGUAUUUAUUGUGUGGAUGUACAGAGAGCAUUCAGAACUUAAAUUACUCUCUUGAACUUUUCCACUUUUUGCAGCAUGUUUUGGGAGAGUGAUUUUGUGUUUGAAAGGGUUCAAGUGUAAGUAGAAUUACAGCAUCAGCCUUGUUUAUAAGAAGCAUGAAAAUUACUGCACUAAUACUGUGCAGCGUGUGAGAAUAAGCCAAGGUCAAACUAUUCAGCCAAUCCUUCUUUCAGCAGAGACAAGGCAAGAGGGGUAGCUAGAGAAUAAAAAGAGAAUGAAAGAAGAGUGAGCCUUAUUACAGAGGGGCUGACGUUUCUUGCUCGCUCCCACUCAAUAACUUCAUCCACUCUUUACCUCUGCUUCCACAUUGAAGCCAAAAGUCAUUAUUAACCCCUCUCAAAGCAUUGUUUUUUUUUUGUAGGACUAUUUGUAUUUAGUGCAUUCAACAUGUUGCCUUCUGUGGGUGUUUUUGUAAAAGAUUUGUCCUUGACAGAUUGUUCUCACGAUAACGGUGAGUGGAAAAUGUCUGAGAAAUGUUCAUUUUUUUAUGGACUCUUAACAUUAAAUGCUUAAAGAAAAACAA